ACUUAUACAAACCAUGAUAUGAUAAAAACUAAUAAAAAACAUACAAAAUAUGAAUUAAAAAUCAUAUCAAUCACUUUCUAACACCUCCCCAAACACAUUACAUAUGUGAUAUGACCACCUUAUUCUCCACAAACACAUUACACACACACCAAAAACACCUCAACUGUGUGCAAUCUACUCACCCAAUGACAAAAUGCUUCAGUCUCACUGCCACCAGAACAUGGUGCCUAAAGUCAACGUUCUCCACCUAUGGUCUCCGGUCAACGGUCACCGACCUCGGCGAUGGCACCGUCAUGCACUGCUGGGUACCCAAAACCCGCAAACAAACCCGACCCGACCUCCUUCUCCUCCACGGGUUCGGAGCCAAUGCCAUGUGGCAGUGGGGCCCACACAUCAUCCCCCGACUCGUUCGUUAUUUCAACAUCUACGUGCCAGACUUGGUGUUUUUUGGUGACUCGUUCACGACUCGGUCAGACCGGUCUGACUCGUUCCAGGCUCAGUGUGUGUACCGAGUCAUGGAGGUUAACUCGGUUAAGAAAAUGAGGGUGGUGGGGUUGAGUUAUGGUGGGUUUGUGGCGUAUAGUUUAGCGGCGCAGUUUAAGGAGGUGGUGGAGAGGGUGGUGAUUUGUUGCGCCGGGGUGUGUUUAGAGGAGAAGGAUUUGACGGAUGGGUUGUUUGUGGUAAAGGAUUUGGAUGAGGCGGCGGAUAUGUUAUUGCCACAAACGCCCGAGAAGAUGAAGGAGUUGAUGCGGGUCACGUUUGUGAAGCCGCCCGUGAAGACUCCGAAUUGUAUACUUGUGGACUUCAUUGAUGAAAUGAAUAAAGAAAAUUUAGAGGAGAAAAGGGAGUUGAUUCAUGCUCUAGCCAAAGACCGAAAACUUUCUGAAAUUCCAAAAAUACCCCAGCCAACUAUGAUAAUAUGGGGUGAUAAAGAUCAAGUGUUUCCACUGGAAUUGGGCUAUAGAUUAAAAAGGCAUUUAGGUGAUAAUGCAGAUUUGGUGGUCUUGAAGGACACAGGACAUGCUUUCAUUGUAGAGAAAACAAAGGAAUUCUACAAACACCUUAAGUCUUUUUUGCUCCCUCCUAUUCCUUCAUCCGCCACAACCAACGGCCACGAUCCUCAGCAUCUCCACAAUAACAGCCCCGACACAGUAACUACUACCUGAUUCCUAUGGUAAAAGUUAAAAAGUGUCGAAAAACUGACACAAAUAGACGCUUCAAGUUGCAGUUGUAACGAGUCUCGAGUCCCUAAGUUUUUUUUUGUUUUUUUAAUGAUUCGAUAUGACUCGUGUAAUCGAACAAUUAAAUCAUUUAUGGAUAACAUUACCAGGUUAA